AUGGCAGCAGAGGGAGCUACAGCAGAAGCCAUGUAUGAUCUCAUUAUAAAGAAAUUUAGUGAUAGAGGGAUCCCAUUAGAAAAUAUUAUAGCAUUCGCGUCAGACGGCUGCAACGUUAUGAUGGGAUCACAAAAUUCAGUAGCCAGCCGUUUGCGAGAAAAUCUGCCAGGUAUAUUUAUUUUUAAAUGUAUAUGCCAUUCUAUGCAUUUGUGUGCCAGUGAGGCAUGCAAAAAAUUACCAAGACGAUGCGAAGAUUUGGCGCGAAACAUUUACGGUUUUUUCAAACUGAGUUCCAAACGCCAAGCCCAAUAUUUGGAAUUUCAAGUUUUUACUAACUCAAAAAUCCACAAGAUUUUACAUCCAUCGCAAACUCGGUGGCUUUCCCUGCUAUCGGUUGUGAACAGGUUGCUUGAACAGUGGUACAGCCUUAAAUUGUUUUUUACGCAGAAAUGGCUCGAAGAAAAAACUGUAGCUGCAGAAUUAAUUUACAGUGAGCUGCAUGACGAUUUUAUUAAGCUUUACUUAUUAUUUCUGCAAUGGAUAUUACCAAAAUUUAUUAAACUCAACGAGUACUUUCAAAGCGCAGACUCAAAAUUGGUGGAACUGGAUGAACACAUAAGAUUAAUGUACAAAGAACUAUUAAUGUGUUAUAUGCAAAGGGAUUAUGUUCAACAAAAUGUGAUCAGCUCAAUCACCCCAGAAGAUACGCGAUAUUUUCUCCCAGAAAUGUAUUUGGGGGUAAAAAUUAUGAUAGAAACGCAAAAACCAGAUAUAUCAACAAAAAAAGAAGAAUUAAAAGAGUUUUACUCUCGCUGCAGAGAUUUCCUCAUCACAGGCUGCAAAGAAAUUAAAAAAAGAUACGACUUCUCUGACGAUUUACUUCAACUUUUAAAAUAUUUAUCACCUGAAGAAGCAGCUAGUAAUCAAACAAGAAAUGUUUGUCCAUCCAUUUUACCGCUUAUGCAAAAGUUUUCCAAAAAAUUGAUGAUGAAUGGAGAAUACUACCAGUGGUAA